CUGCGAUGGCAGUUUCCGAUUCGGAACACUCUUCUAAUGGUUCUGACGUUGACGAAAGAAUUCCUAAAUAUCAAGCUCAAGUAAUAAUUACUACUGAACCGUUUACAUUGCACGAAAGUGAAUCUUUGUCAGAAAAUAGUGAUUCGGAUCAACAGAAUGAGCAUGCAAAGGACGAAAAAGAUAUGUAUCAACCAACUUCUAGUGAAGAGGAAGAUGAAGGAUUUUCUGACUCAUCAGAAGAAUAUUCGCCUAAGAGAAGAUUACCACAGCGUCAUGUGACAUCUAAAAAAAUUAAUUACAGCGAUGAAAAAUAUUAUAAAAAAGUACACAAAAUUUUCGAUGAUUUUUAUGAGGUAUUAUCAUCAUCGGAAGAAGAAUCCACAUCAAGAAAACAAAAAAAACUAAACGAUGAUGAUCCUUUACGACCAAAAAGGCGGCCCAGGCGAAAAUCUGCAAAGAAAUCGGUUGAUUAUGACGAAAAGGGUUAUUAUAAGAAGUUUGAGACUGCUCUUAAUGCCAGGAUUCAUUGA